AUGACUUGCUCCAACUCCUGCUCCGGAAACUACAGCUUGGGACCCCUCAGAAAUCCCUGUCAUACUCCUCUCACCCCUUCCCAUGCUCUCUGCUCUACAAAUGUGAGCCAUGGAGAUGUCCUCUGCUUGCCCAGCAGAUGUCAAGAUGGUACCUGGCUCAUGGACAAUUGUCAAGGGAACUGCAGUGAACCAACCAGCUACCAGUCACGAAGCUGUGAGCCCAGCAACUGUGAAAAUUCCUGCUGCCCUUCCACUGCUUACUAUGGGCCCAGACCCUGCCAAGGAACCAGUUUUCUUCCUGCUGCUUCUUACAUCUCCAGCUCCUGCCUCCCAAUAUCCUGCAGACCUCUGAGCUACAUGUCCAACAGCUGUGGGUCCCUGAGUCUCCUUACUUAUGGAUGCCGCCCCUUGGGUUGGGUGCCCUGUGGUCCUCAGCCACUUGGUUUUGUGUCCAGCAGCCUCAGACCUCUGCGUCCUUUCUUUGGCGGAUGCCAGCCUCUGACCCAUGUGUACAGCCCUUGUCGUCCAUCUUGCUUUGCACCUGGAGGCCAGUAG